UUCUUGCAGGAUCUGCAAAACUCACAUUUGAGCCAGACUAAAAACUCAGACUUGCUUAUCACUCGCUUACAAGACGACUUUUUGAAGCUUAUCAUCUAGUUAAAUAUCGUCAAAAAAGUUUCAAACGUCUUACAGAUCAUAUUGCGAUUUUGUCAAUUGUUUUGUGACAAGUCACGGUUCAUUCCUUCUUUUUUCCCCCUUCGCCACUGUGUCAUUUUUUUGAUUUUUGCAAAAGGAGAGCAAAAAUGGAAGAAGAACAUCACACCAAACUGUUGCCAGUAGCUUGGAUGACUAUUGCGGGAAAUUCUACGUAUUAUGUAAAGAGUCAGUUUGAAACGAAUCAGUACCGUUUACUCGCCACCGACUUGAAACAAGUAUGGUUUGAAUAUGGAAGUGUUCAGCGAAUUCGCGAACGGGCAGUCCAACAGCGAUUAGAAAUUGAUUCCGAACAUCGAAUCGAAUUCUUGUUGAAAUUCUUACGAAAAGCAUUCGAGAAAUCAGACCAAUGUCGUUUUCGCAUUCAUGAUAAGGAGCUGGAAAUUCACUGCAAUCAGCAAACGGGAUUCACAGCCAUGUCCUGGAUAUUCAUUUGCGAGUUGGUUCCCAGCAUAGCACCGUCUCAAAAGAAGGUUGGCGGUGCUGCUAUCCUUUAUGAUCAUUUUAUCAUGCCCAUGAUAACAGUAAUGAGAUCAAUACCCAAUACCAGCUUGUCAACGCUCUAUGAGUCAGAUAUUUUGGAGCAUGCAUCAAGAAAAAUGACAACAGAGACCGGAAAUACACAGGAAAGUUCUGAGCAACAUCUGUGGCUUGACUGUUUGAACAAAGCGAAUCAAUCAUUGGCUUCGCAUGACCAAGCAACCGAUACAAGCGAAAUAGAGCGAUCUAGGCUGCCAUCGGCAUCGGAGUCUCCAGAACCCAGGAAAAAGCCAAAAGUAUCGGAGAGUUCGCCGCCAGUCCAGGACAUUGAGGAUGAAGAAUUACGACGCCGCCGAAUGCUAGAGGAGACGUUGGAGAAAAAGCGAUCGCAAGGGAAGAAACGGAAGCGUUUGUUUUGAGAGUUAGGACUAGAUCAUUUAGUCGCUUUGUGGCACCAAAGAGCACAUGGGACCAUGGUUCUGAUCAAUGAAAACCAGUCUGCAAAAUAGAUGUUGAAAGUAUGUUAAAAAAGCU